AUGCCGCCACUGCCGCACUCGGAGGGCUCGCUCAUCGAAGAGCUGAAGAAUAACGGUGUGGGUCGCCCAAGUACGUAUCCGAUGAUAGUGAAGACACUCUUGACGCGGGGCUACAUUCAGGUGAACGCCAAAGGGCGCUGCGAGACAACACCGAUUGGACGGUUGCUGGUGUCGGCGGCGAAGUCAACCUUCCCGUCGAUUGUUGACAUCGGCUUCACUGCAUCCUUCGAGAAGAAACUUGACCUCAUUGCAAAGCCGAUCCCUACGAAGCGACCAGCUGUCCUUCGAGGAAUGAGCGUGUCUCAGGCUGACUACGUGCUCUCUGUGUUCCUCUCGACAUUCCUCAACUAUGUUGCAGAGGCCACGCGAGCACAACGCGCUCGCAUCGUGGAGCGCUCCAUGCGGCUGAAACACGAGCAGGAGGGUGCGUCAGAUAUGGANGAGGCCACGCGAGCACAACGCGCUCGCAUCGUGGAGCGCUCCAUGCGGCUGAAACACGAGCAGGAGGGUGCGUCAGAUAUGGAUGAGACAGAGUUUGAGGAGAGUGUCGCGAGUGCCAAGAAGAAAGUAGCGCUUGCAACUGGCGACUUAACAACACUACCAAGAACCCAUCAUACCUUCACGGCUCUGCAGCGCGGCUUAAACGAUUACCUUCGCCGCCACUUUCCACCUGCGCAUGUAAACUCAUCUUCUGGAGGAGAUGUCGGUGCUGGCCAGAGUAACAUCAACAGCAAGAAAAGUAACGGUUUCAGUUGCAGUGCAGAAAACGGCGACAUCGACGGUGACAACAGCACGGCGAUGACGGAUGAUGCAUCAGUGAUGCCACCACCACCACCACCACCACGACGGAGGUCUGAGAAGAGCAGAGGGUCAUAUUGA